AUGGCGGAAGCGAUCAUUGCCGACUGGAUCUCCGAUUACAGUGCCCUGCAGGAAUCGGAGCUGCGUACAUUCGCCGCUCAGCAUGAGAAUGAUUUCGAAAUUUCGAAGGCUCUCUACACCGUCCUGAGCGAGCGGACCAAGUACAAGGAUCUCAUCCAUCCCAUUUGCAAUCAGCUGUGCAAUUUCUACCGCUCGAAUGAGGUCGAAUUACGCCGGUUCACGCUGCAGUUCGUGCCGAUGCUGAUCUAUCUGUAUCUGAACUCGGUGGCGCUGGGCGAUAAGAAGGGCUGCCGGUCGAUCGAAACGCUUCUGAUAUGCAUUUACAACAUCGAGGUUAGUGCCGACGAUGGCAGCCCGAAGGUAGUGUCCUUCCGAAUGCCUGUGCUGGCGCAAGCAUCCGUCUACCAUGAGGAAAAAAGUUUACAACCAAGUGAUCUGCGGCGGUGGGAGGAGAACAGCAACAAGGACAUCAACUGGGGCCCGCUGCCGUCGAUCGAGUCGAUCAAUGCCCAGAAUCGGCUUAAGGUGAUGACGGCGUUGCUGUUCACGUACAACCAGCAGCUGAACCAGAUACACAAACCAGCGCUGUACCAUCUCUGCAAGACGACCUCGCUGCUGGUGAACCAGGGCUUUCCGAAGCUGCCGGGCGGUCACAUGCACCGUUCGUCCUAUGGGAACGAUCCGAUCUCACCGCAGCAACCUAUGGCGAUGGCGGCACCGUCGCACGUGGUCCGUCCGCCACCACGGAUCGCGGUGAAUUCACAGUUCCUGGUUGAGCUGGCACACGCGAACUACUUCGCUAUGUUCAACGAGUUCGCGUCGGCCGCGAUCGAAGCCGUGACAGAUCUGCACAGCCGGGCGUGCUACGAAAUGCUUCCCGAAGUGAUACUGGUCACGAACGCGAUACGCAAUUCGCUGCAUGCCAAUCCUUCCGGUCAACCCAGUGACGGUCCUAUGGGCAUUAGUGUUGCUUUAACGCCAGCAACGACUACGGUGACGGUCUCGAAAUCGAUGAUCACGAAUGCUUCCUUCCGGACUAAGAAGCUACCAGACGAUAUCCCCAUACAGGGUCCAACGAAGGAGGAGAACGGUGGCCCCCAUCAUCUGACCAGCAUCAACGAGGAGGGCGAGAGUGGACUGCAAUCGGCGGAUGGUAGCGCGAAGGGCGGCGGGUUGGGCGCAUCCGGAGGAUCCUCGACGACGACCCCGGGCAAACCGAAAGACUCCAAGACGCAUAAGGUGUUGGGUGGCUUCAAGAAGCUGAAACCGGAAAAGGAUAAGGACAAGGAGAAGGACAAGGACAAGGAUAAGGAGCGGGAUAAGGACGGAAGUGGCACCACACCGGUCGUGCUGGUUUCGACUAGCGCGGGUAGCGUGACCCUACCGGUUACCAGCGCAACGGCCGGCAUCUCCGUCGGUGGAAAUUCCCUCGUCGAGGAAGCGAAGGCCCUCAUGUCAUCGGCCAAGAAGAUCAACUCGAAGGAGAAACUAAGCGCAUCCGGUGUCGGUGGCGGUCAACCGGCCACGGUGGUCGUCCUCUCGAAUGGGAGCAUCCUGAUGGGAUCGGGACCGUGCGCUACGACGAACGGGGACAGUGCAGACGGACCCGGUGUUGGUGCAACGUUAUCCACCGGCGCAGGCACUGGCACGGCCAACGGUGGGCUCGGCAAGCAGUCGCUCGAUAUUGGGGAGUCGUUUGAUUCUGCCAGCGAGCUGCUGCAGCAGCACGGAACCACGAUCAACAGUGCCAGCAGCAACGGGGGCAACACGAUAAAAACCACCGUCAUGGACAUGAAAAACCACGGGAGUAUACAAGUUAGUCAAGUCUAGGUUUGUCGGUAACGCUAAAAGUAUUUCUGUUGGCUGAGUGCUAUUUUUCUAUAUCACUGUAUGUGUGUGUGUAUGUUUUAAAAAAAAAAAAAUCAUUUCAUAUUGCAGCAUUUUCAUGUUCUCACUUGAGUUGGUCGGUUUUUACAGCCCACCCACGUACGUUGAUGGAUAAUUUCGUAACAUUUUAUCUCAGGAUCUCUUGGUUGUAUUGGGAAGAAAAAAAAUCAUUUUGGAACAUAAACACAAAAGCACAAACAUACAUUCAUACAUAUAUAUUAUAAGCAUAGCUCCUUCGUAAAAGAAAAAAAACCUGCUCCCAAACCGAACAGAUUUUGCUAGUGGUAAAAUUGAUCGAUCGAUUAUUUUAUGCAAUUUCCCUCGCGCUAAGAUAU